CAUUUAUAGGUUUCGGUCAAAUGAUCAUCACGAAGAGCUCGUGGGGACAGACUCACAGCAGCUUUUAUGCAAAUAAGCGUGCUCAGCGUGUUUUCAUUGGAGAGGAGCGCGGAGGUGUAGCCUGGAAGGCGUGACAUCAUGCCAAUGCAGCUUUAUGAAGAAAGUGCGCUUCUCUUGAGCAGGCAGAGGUGCGUCCAGUCCGCUGGCAUCAGUGGACGGAAGCCGAACACGCUGCAGAAUCACUUCGCACUGAGUUUUCAGAAGGUGGGGGGCUUUUACGCACGCGUGUGUUUUUCCCUUCUGAGCUGAAAUCAAAGUUUGGAAUUACUGCGAUUUUUUUCGAAAGUAAGCGCGCUUUCGCUGACUGUAUGAAAUAGCUUUGGACAUUCGGAGCUCUUUGAAGAGACCAGCUUGCCGUUGAAUAUGUCCGCUGAGGCGCACUCACAUUUGGGACUGCAGAAAAACCCCAUGGAUUUCGUCAGUGACUUCGACUUGAUGAAGUUCGGCGUGAAGAAGGAGACGAUGCAGGGGAUGGACCGCUCCUUCAUUGGGCCGUGCAGCCAGCUCCAGAGACCUGACUCCGUCUCCUCCACCCCCGGCAGCACACCUUGUAACUCGGUACCCUCGUCACCAAACCUCAACCCCAACGAGCAGAGAAAUAACCCCGGGGGCGAGCCGUUCUGGAUACCCAACAACGGGGGUUACCCUCAGCAGAUGUACCCGCAAGCUUUUGGUUUGACACCCGAGGACGCAAUGGAGGCCCUGAUCGGCGCCACGGCGCAGCAGGGACACCCCUCCGUGCCCCACGGUCACCAUCAGCCACCUUUCCAAGCUGAAUACGACGGGUACGGCCACCUCACCGAGCCUGUGCAGCACUACCCGGGGCUCCCGGGUCACCCCGACAUGCAAGGCAUCCCCAGCAGUCACUGCCAAGACCCCUAUCUCAAAGAUGACAUGGGGUCCCCUCAGUCUCCGGAGGAGCAGCUGGUCCUCGGUGCGCACCAGCAGCACAGCCGCCACGACAGGCGAUCCAACGCCGACAGCGACCUCUCAGACGACCAGCUGGUGUCCAUGUCCGUCAGGGAGCUCAAUCGGCUCCUCAGAGGCCUGGGCAAGGACGAAGUGAUGCGUCUGAAGCAGAAGCGCCGGACCCUGAAAAACAGAGGUUACGCACAGUCCUGCCGCUACAAGCGCGUCCAGCAGAAACACGUUUUGGAGCACGAAAAGACCAACCUGGUGUCACAGGUAUAGCAGCUGAAACACGAACUGAACAGGCUGAUGCGGGAGAGGGAUGCAUACAAACUUAAAUGUGAGAAACUGUCCGGUGCAAACUGUUACCACGAAACUGGCUCCACCAGUGACAACCCUUCCUCACCCGAGUAUUUAAUGUGAGUUUGUUAAUUUCAAGCAGAACUGAUUCUUUUCCAUGGGGAGGCAUAAUGUCGACAGCUCACCUCGCUCUUUAACAAACAGGCCCAUGGAUGCAUCAAGUUGUAAUUAAUGUUGGACAUGAGGAUCUCACUCAAAUCAUUGUAAUAAAGACAACUAGGCAACAAGUUAUGAAUGGAAAACAAUGAAGCAUGCAUGCAGGACAUGUAUGAGAUGUUUUUAUUUUACAAAGGCCUAUCUGUAGUCUGAAAGGAGAUACUUGAAAUCAGAGAAUAUUCCCUUUUUAUUAAUAGACAACUUUAAUGCUUCAGUUACUCCUCAAUCUUCAUUUUGGUGAUUUUUAUUGCUUUGCUUAGGUUUUUUUUCUUUCUUUGUUGUUGUUUUUUUUUUUAGCUCAAAUUAUAUUUUGUGUUUAUGCUUCCUUAAAAUAGAAAACAUACUGAACGGAAUUAUGCUAACAAAUGACAUUUCUAUUAUUUUUAUGAAGCUGAUUCUGCUGGACAGAUGUGUUCCUUAUUUGCUUCUCUUUUUAAGAUAAUAUAUGAUUAUGCAAAUUGUUUUUCAUCCACUAUGUUUUUAAUUUGCUAUGGAUCAAUAAACCUAUUGUGACUUUUUAAAA